UUUAGCGGGUGUUUUUGGUUGUAGCUAUUCCUGUUGAGUAAUGCAAUUCCAACACAAGUAACUUUAGCGGGACAGGAGAAGCUUUACAGCUGGAUAUUAGAAGAAAGCCCGCUUAUUUAAGAAAUGAAAGUUAUGUUGAUUUGAGUUAAACAACGUACCACCAGUAAGUCUGUGCAAUUAGAGAUACUGUACGUUGGUAUAGACAACUUUAUCUUCUUACGUUACGUAGGAAACGCUGAAGAAGAUGGAAGUUGAAUGUCUAGCUUUGAGAGAUCUCAUCAGUCCAAAGAAGAGCAAAGCAGACAUGGAGGAAGUUGGAGGCAGAAAUGAUCAGAAGGAGAACAGAUGUGUGGAGCGAAGAAGAACCACCCCUCACAAGAUGGACACCACGGCCACCAUGCUGCUGUACGGCAGUAAGCCUCCCACCCCGGAACACCUCCAUAGCACCCCUGUUAAGCCUUCUGAGUGGGGGGCACCUCCUCACGCGGACCCCUGGACCCCCACUGCCAACCUCAGGAUGCUCAUCAGUGCUGCCAGCCCUGACAUCCGCGACAGAGAGAUGAAGAAGGUUCUGUUUAGGCCCAUUGAGAAUGAGAGAGCAGUGGAGGAUGUCGAGGUGGAUGGCCCGUGCCAGUUUGAUGUGGUGGACGAGGAGGAGGAAGAGGGGGAAAGGAAGCCCAGCAGGAAGCAGAAGAGCCUGGGCCUGCUGUGCCAGAAGUUCCUGGCCCUGUAUCCGGACUAUCCAACCUCUGACACCAUCAGUAUCUCAUUGGAUGAGGUGUCUACCAGCCUGGGGGUGGAGCGGCGGCGAAUCUACGACAUCAUAAACGUCCUGGAGUCUCUGAUGAUCGUAGGGCGUGUAGCUAAGAACCAGUACGUGUGGUACGGGCGGCGGCGCCUGGGGUCCACCCUGGCCGAGCUGCAGGGGAUGGGCAGGCAGCAGCGCUACCACCUGCACAUGGAGCAGGCCGGGGAGGGCGGUCACAGAGAGGGAGCCACCACACACACCCCAGAGGGAGGGGAAGGAGACUCCAGCUGUGCGGCCGCCAGCACCAGGAAAGACAAGUCCCUACGCAUCAUGAGUCAGAAGUUUGUCAUGCUCUUCCUGGUGUCCAGGACCCAGACUGUCACUCUGGACGUGGCCGCCAAAAUCCUCAUCGAGGAAAGCCAGGACCCCGCCAGCCACAGCAAGUACAAAACUAAGGUGCGGCGGCUGUAUGACAUCGCCAACGUCCUGACGAGUCUGGGAUUGAUCAAGAAGGUCCACGUCCGGGAGGAGAGGGGGAGGAAGCCUGCGUUCAAAUGGAUCGGCCCGGCAGACUUCCACAGCAGCCAUGAGGACUCGGAAGCUGUGGCGGCCAUCGCUCUUCCGGGUGGCAGGAAACAGAAGCUGGCACGCCAUGCCUCCUUCAGUGUGGUGCCCACCUCUGUGGCCAGCCAACGCCGUGUCAACUCGGCGCCCAGCAGCCCACGCAGAGAGGUCACGG